AUGGCUUUUGUCCCUGCCAUGUUCCACCGCGGAGCUAGGGGGCGACAACCGUUUGAAACCGCUCCCCUCGUUAAGUGUUAUAACUCGGCCAAACGAGGUCGUAGAGCGAUGAUAGAGAUGACUAAGCCCAAACAGUCGGGCCAGUGCCCCAUCUGCCGCAAAGUGCUACAGCAUGUUAGCAAGCACAUCCGCGAGUUUCAUGGAAUUAAAAACGCAAGGGAGAGGACCAUACUCAACGCCAUAUGCACUGGCAGGGUUGUGAUUGGAAAGGGAACAUGCCCGGUCCCGGGGUGUGGUCUCUUUCGGAGACGACUCGCCAUCCAUAUAGAGCGCCACAGUGAUCUGCUCCCCGGCAGAAGGGCGGCAUACCUGCAGGUAGCCCGCAGAGAUGCCGCAUUGAAGCAGCUAUCGGAGCAGCGGGAUACCGACCCACAACCUCCCAUGGCAUCGUCUUUGGACCUUGAGGACAGCCUUGCCUCUGAAUGCCGGCACCCCUCCUGCAUUCAGAGGGAGGUUAGGAUCUGGGAGUUGGAGAGCACUGACAAGGAGCCAGCGGUCGCCCUCCACCCAGCGAUCGCCCUCCACCCAGAGGAGCAAGUGGUCGCCCUCCACCCAGGGGUCGCCCUGCACCCUGCGGUCGCCCUCCACCCAGAGGAGCAAGUGGUCGCCCUCCACCCAGACCACACCGAGUGUGAAGAGGAGGACUGCUUCACCUGCUUCCUCUCUACUGCCUUUGCACCUUGA